GACAGAGCAGCAGUUAUGCUGUGAGAAGCUGAAUGCCAGUCUGGGCUAAGAUGUCAAAGCGUCUCCAUGCAGAGCAGCGGCGCUUCCCUCCUCCUCACCCCCCAGCCCAGAGAUUCAUGCUGCUGCUGAGCCUAAGCUGGCUCUUUAUAGCAUCAUCCAGGGCUCAAGGAGAGAAUGCGGACAGUAAAUUGGAAUCCUCCAGGCAACAGAUGUCAAAGAACCAGUCAGAACAUUAUGAGAUAAUAAUUCCCUACAUUUUGAAUGGAGAACAAUGGAAACCAAUAAAUAGCAUUGAUUCAAAGAGUCACCCAGCACUGAUGAAGUUUCUAAUACAAACUGAAAGUAAGCGACUAGUCAUCAGUCUGGAGAGAAAUGAAGGCCUCUUAGCUGAUAGCUUCACAGAAACACACUAUAUGAAAGAUGGCACUGAUGUCAUUCUCACACGCAAUUACACGGGUCACUGCUAUUACCAUGGUACCGUGCAAGGGUAUCCUGAUUCUGCAGUCAUUCUCAGUACCUGCUCUGGACUCAGGGGACUUAUUUUAUUUGAAAAUAAAACCUACAUUCUGGAGCCAUUGGAAAAUGCUACAAGUGAACACAAGAUCUACCAAGCCGAGAACCUGAAAAUAGCCUCUGGAUCUUGUGGCAACCAAUUCAACGUCUCUGGCAUCACUAUUGAUGACACACCACGGUCUUCUCAAGCAUUCACUACCAGGCACAAAAGGGAGACUCUGAAGAUAACAAAAUAUGUGGAGCUUGUUAUUGUUGCAGAUAAUCGAGAGUUUCAGAGACAAGGGAAGGAUGUGGAAAAAGUUAAGCAGAGGCUGAUAGAAAUUGCAAACUAUGUCGAUAAGUUCUACAGGCCAUUAAAUAUUCGAGUAGCCCUGGUUGGAGUGGAGGUGUGGAGUGACAUGGAUAAGUGCUCUAUAACACAGGACCCCUUCACCAGCCUCCAUGAGUUUCUGGACUGGAGAAAGCUGAAACUACUACCUCGUAAACCCCAUGACAAUGCACAACUAGUGAGUGGGGUGUACUUCCAAGGGACUACCAUUGGCAUGGCACCUAUAAUGAGCAUGUGCACUGCAGAGCAGUCUGGAGGAGUUGUUAUGGAUCAUUCAGACAGCCCUCUUGGUGCAGCAGUAACCCUGGCUCAUGAGCUGGGCCACAACUUUGGGAUGAAUCAUGAUACCCUGGAGAGGGGCUGUACCUGCAAAGCCUCUACUGAUAAAGGUGGCUGUAUCAUGAACCCCUCUACUGGCUAUCCAUUUCCCAUGGUGUUCAGCAGCUGCAGUAAAAAGGACCUGGAAAACAGCCUGGAAAAAGGAGUGGGGAUGUGUCUCUUUAACCUGCCUGAAGUUAAGGAAUCAUUUGGUGGACAGAAGUGUGGGAAUGGCUAUGUGGAAGAUGGAGAGGAGUGUGACUGUGGGGAACCUGACGAAUGUACAAAUCGUUGCUGUAAUGCUACUACCUGCACUUUGAAAGCAGAAGCAGUGUGCGCCCAUGGACUUUGCUGUAAAGACUGCAAGCUGAAGCCAGCAGGGAUUUCUUGCAGAGACUCAAGUAAUUCCUGUGAUCUUCCGGAGUUCUGCACUGGAGCUAAUCCUCACUGCCCAGCUAAUGUAUAUUUACACGAUGGACAUCCAUGCUACAGAGUAGAUGGGUAUUGUUAUAAUGGCAUAUGUCAGACUCAUGAACAACAAUGUGUCACACUCUGGGGACAAGGUGCUAAACCCGCCCCUGGGAUCUGCUUUGAGAGAGUCAAUUCUGCAGGUGAUCCUUAUGGCAACUGUGGCAAAGACGCCAAAAGUUCCUUUGCUAAAUGUGAACCCAGAGAUGCUAAAUGUGGAAAAAUUCAGUGUCAAGGGGGAGCAAAUCGACCUGUAAUUGGUACCAAUGCUGUUUCCAUAGAAACAAAUAUCCCGCUGCAGGAAGGAGGCAAGAUUCUGUGUCGUGGUACCCAUGUGUACUUGGGAGAUGAUAUGCCUGAUCCUGGUCUCGUUUUGGCAGGCACAAAAUGUGAAGAUGAAAAAAUUUGUCUUAACCGCCAGUGCCAAAAUACUAGUAUAUUUGGUGUUCAUGAAUGUGCAACAAAAUGCCAUGGACGUGGAGUCUGUAACAAUAAAAAAAAUUGUCACUGCGAAGCUGACUGGGCCCCUCCCCAUUGUGAUAAGCCAGGGUUUGGCGGCAGCAUGGACAGUGGACCAACCAGACAAGCAGAUAGUAGAAGUUUAACCAUAGGAAUACUCGUAACCAUUCUGUGUCUUAUUGUUGCUGGUUUAAUCAUGUAUCUCAAAAGGAAGACUUUGAUUAGACUGCUAUUUACAAAUAAAAAGACAACAAUAGAGAAACUAAGGUCUGUGAGUCCAGCAAGGCCUUCCAGUUCAUUUGAGCCUAAUCAUGUUCAUACCACAACUCUCAGUAAAAAUCUAGUCAUAAAGCCACAAAAUUUAAACAUACAUCAGAGAGAUGGUCUGAGAAGAUUGCUACCAUAUCAGACUACUGACAACACUAAUCCUGUAAAGACAUCUGAUUUACAGCGGUCAAAAACACCCCAGCGAGUCCUACCACCCCUUCACCAGCUACCCUGUCAUCAAGCUGUACCUGCACGGCCACUGCCAGCUAACCCAUCUCUUAGGCUUGCUCAGGAAACUCUCAAACCAAACCCUCCUCAAAAGCCUUUACCAGCAAAUCCUCUGAACAAAACUGCUCGGUUUAACAAUGCCUCCAGCCCAAUACUUGGACAUCAGAAACUUGUGCCUCACAUUACUCCUGUAAGACCUGCACCUAAACAUCCACAAGUGCCCAGAUCCAGCAACACUGACUAUGUGAAAUGACAAGAAAAUCUGACACCGUUCUGAAAAAAGUGAAGACAGAAGUUUGCACUAUCUUUAAACUCCAACUAGA